AUGGAGAAACAGAACUUCACCAUGCCGAAGGAGUUCAUUCUCCUGGGCAUCACCAACCGCCCUGAACUACAGGCUCCUAUUUUUGUGCUGUUCUUCCUCAUCUACAUCACUUCAGUUGUGGGGAAUUUGGGCAUGAUCAUUCUCACCAAGAUAGACGAGAGGCUACAAUCACCCAUGUACUUUUUCCUCAGACAUCUGGCUUUUAUUGAUUUUGGUUACUCAACAGCUGUGGGACCCAAAGUGUUGAUCAAUUUUGCAACAAAUAGAAAUACAAUCCCCUACAAUUGGUGUGCCAUCCAACUAGCUUUGUUCAUCUUCUUUAUUAUUAGUGAGUUGUUUGUUCUGUCAGCAAUGGCCUACGACCGCUAUGUGGCCAUCUGCAACCCCCUGCUCUACACAGUCAUCAUGUCACAGAAAGUGUGCUGGGCACUGGUGACAAUCCCCUAUCUCUUCAGUGCCUUUCUCUCGCUCAUCACUACCAUCAAAAUUUUUAUUUCAUCCUUCUGUGGUCAUAAUGUCAUUAGUCACUUCUACUGUGACAGUCUUCCCUUGCUAACUUUGAUUUGCUCAAACACACAGGAUGUUGAAAUGAUAAUAUUGGUCUUUUCAGCAUUUAAUUUGGUUUCAUCUCUUUCUGUAGUCCUUGUGUCUUACAUAAUGAUCCUUGUGGCCAUCCUGAGGAUGAAAUCUGCAGAGGGCAGACACAAGGCCUUCUCCACAUGUGGUUCUCACCUGACGGUGGUGAUUGUGUUAUAUGGGACUCUGUUCUUUAUGUAUGUACAACCCAAGUCCAGUCACUCCUUUGAAACUGAUAAAAUGGCUUCUGUGUUCUACACCUUGGUAAUUCCCAUGUUGAAUCCCAUUAUCUACAGCUUGAGGAACAACGAAGUAAUAGGUGCCCUUCAGAAGAUAAAGAAAAAUUUGUGCAAACUUUGUAUUUAA